UACACAUACAGACACUUUUCACGCACACAUUUGUAAAUGCGUUACAGGAUUCUGAAGCAUUGCUGCAUGCUUGUCCUCAACAUUAUAUAUGGAAAAAAAUUAAAUUCAAACGUAUAAAAGACUGGCGCAACAGGCAAAUGCAUGUCAUUUCGUUUUCAACGCUACUCUGCAUAACAGUUCGUCACUGCGCGUCGCAACGAGCUGAAAAUGCAUAAAUAUUGGAGUACGUUUGCACUUGUCGCCUUCGUUACAAUUGCAACACCCUCGCUGAGUCAAUUACUGGAGUCACAACCAAUCGACAGCAGUCCCACAACAGCACCGCUCGGCUGUCACCAGCGGCUUUACACCUACCGCAUCACACAGGCUGACGCACAGGGACGUGAGUGUUGGGAUUAUGUGAGCGUACGUUCGUGUUGGGGUCGUUGUGACUCCAGUGAGAUUUCCGAUUGGAAAUUCCCAUUCAAACGUUCUUUUCAUCCCGUUUGUGUACACGCUACGCGCCAACCAGCUGUAGCGGUAUUGCGAAAUUGCCAUCCGGAGGCCGGUGAGGAAGCGCGUCGCUAUGAGUACAUGGAGGCUGGCAGUUGUCACUGUCAUACAUGCUCCACUUUGGAUACUAGUUGCGAAGCGCCUGUGAACAACAUAGUCGAUGAGGAUACCGAUAUGAAGGUGUUGGCUUUAACUGGCUCGGAUUCAGAUGUUUUGGAUUAUUGAUAUUGGGAUAAUUAAUGCCGUGUCUAAUUAAGUUAAAUUUCAAAUUACUAUCAGUUGUUAUCUGUAAUCAAUUAAGGACAACGAGAGGACAUUAACAACAAAUACAAAAUACACACACUUUACUGGAUGCAACAAUAAUCAUUUCGGAUGUCUUAAUUAUGCAAAUAAAUUUUACGUAUGUA